AUGGCUUAUAGACAAGUUACAGACAAAGCGAUAACUGUUUGGAAGAAACAAUUCGAUGAUGAAGAUAAUAUUAGACCAAUGGCAGUUCAACAAGCUAUUAUGCAAACAACACGUUUACUUUUUAAAGUAAACAUCUUUGUUAUGCUGUGUAAUACACUAGGUCAGUCAAUGAGCAUGGGAACAUGUGACCUUUCCAUGUUAUCAAAAGUUACAAAAGACCUGGAUCUAAGUGACAUCGAUUGGUGUGGAUAUGUUUUUGAUUGCCUUAAGGACACAAAUAGUGCAUGGAAUCCAAACAACAAAAAAGGAUUCUAUAUUGAGCCAAUUAUAUUUCUUUUGGCAACUGAUGCAGGAAGUGUGAAAAUAAGUCAUGGAUGGUUUAAGGCAACUCUUUCAACAAUAAAGGAGAUGCACGACAUGCUCAUGCAUCAAAACAAAGUGUUGGAAGAUAAAAUAAAUGAUACUGUCAAGAAAUACCCUGAGAAUCAAUUGGUCAAAGAAUGGAAAAACAAAUUAAAUGAUCUAUUUAAUGAAGUUUCAGCAUCAGAUGAACCAAUGCAAUCUCAAUUCUGUUUCAUCACCGGAGAAGCAUCCGACAAGUACCAACGAGAGAAGAGGAAGACAAUCAAAGAUAGUGACGAUUUGAGAAUCGAGAUUGUUAGGAUUGCUUCGAGUAAUGCUAAAGUUCUUUUAGCAUCAGAAUCUUCCUUUGCUAACCUUCUAUCACCCCCAAUAAAAACCCUAGACACACACAGAUCAGAUAGGGUAGGUGAUUUAGACGGUGAAGGAGGGAGAAUUGAGGUAUCAUUAAUGGUGGGUUGUGUGGUGGGUGACAAAGUAGUGAUGGUGAUGGAAUCUGGCAAAGUGGCGGUGGCUCUCAGGUCAUUAUUCUCCGGCGACGCAAGAGAAACAUAG